GGAGCCCAGGCGGAGCCAGGCGCCCGCGGAGACCUCGCAGGGCUCCACCGCCCAGCAUUGUACAGGGCUGGGGAUCAAGGCCCCAUGAGCCAGAGUCCGGCCCCAAGCAGCCCCCGGGGAGGCCUGAGAGCAGAGCGAGCGCCUGUGCCCGGCAAGGCCUGGGUUCCAGCAGACACCAGACCUCCCUUGCGGAGAGAGGGACCCCACCAGGAGGCCUCGGGCACCUGACACCUCUCCAGGGUCAGCCCAGCCGCUCCCUCCCUGUGGCUGCCGGACCCCAGGGGGCCUGACUGCUGUCUGCGCCCCAGGCCUUUGCAGCCUCCUCUCUCCAGAGCUGGGCGGGGCUGACUUUGGAGCAGAAAGGCCAGGCAACAGGCACCAAUGCAGGCACUGGGAGGGGGACUGGCCAGAGGCUGCCCACCCGCUCAGCACAGGCGCCAGCGUGCCGGAGGUGCCUGCUGGGCGGCGCCCUUCCUGGGCACUGGGGACACACAGCACCGGGGAGCGGGAAUUCGGGUCAGCUCGGAGCUGGUGGGGGCACUACGCGUGGGCCGUGUCAGUGUGUGCACGGGGGACUGUGUGCAGGUGUGGGUGUCCAGAAAGAGGGCCCGGGGCGGCGAUGCUUGGGCCAGCGGGCAUCCACCAGAGGGAGAAGGGGCCCCACGAGGCUGCUUGGGCAGCACAAGUCUGGUGGCUUGUUGGCAGGGCUGGAGAGGUGGGUGUGGGAGUGCACAGAAGGGGGCCCUCCGAGAGGUGCCGGGGUUGAGGUGAGGAAGGGGGCUUCCGGGGAACUCCCAGGUAUCAGCAGGAGUUGCAGUUUGCGGUGGGAGGACAGAUACACCUGAGGACACGCCGGGCUUGCGGGGGCGGGGAUGCAGCAGUGGGUGUGUGCUGUGGGCGGGGUUGGGGCCCGAGGACCACCCUGCAGCUCCCACGGCGGGGGCAGCGGCACCGAGCUGAGAGGGGAGAGUGCUAGUGAGAAGGGCGGCCCGCCCUGCUUUCUCUCAGCCUGGGCCCCAACCUGCCCUGUGCCUGGUACUUUUUAAGGGAGCAUGGAAGCCAUUUUUAAAGCCCUUCCUCCAGCAGGGAGGAUAUCGAAAGACGAGUCAGCUGACCGGAGAUUGAUUUGCAUCUCAAAGGGCCCCCUCCGGGGCCAGCCCUGUGCCGGCAGUUCAGCGAGGCCGGCAGAUCCUGGAGAGAACAGCCCCAGACAGGCUGCCAGGAGCCCACCAUCAGCCGUCCUUGGCCCGAAGAGAACACUGCAGUGGGACACGCAGGCUGGAAACACAUGGCAACACGCAGCCCUGAGCCCCGCGAGGCAGCUUGUGCGAAGCGACGGGGCCGCAGCCAUGGACGGGGCCGGACCCUCCUGUCCUGAUACUCGUUUUGGGCCCAGGACUCAGGAACCCAAGCUCACGGACCAGGUCAGUGGCAAAGGGAAUCUUGGACGCCACCUGGAAAUGCAGCGAGACGGUUUCAGGAAUCUGGGAAUACACAGCCGCUAAUACCGAGAUGGCUUCGGCUGCAGCACACUCGUGACCCACACGCUGGGGCCCCCGACCCUCGGCCUGGGCUGACCGGCGGUGCAGGGUGAGGCCAGAGCGCAGGACACGGGGCGGGUGGACGGCUGCUCAGUGGCCCGGGGGUGCCAGCGCGACAGACAGAAACACACUCUCCAGGGGCCCCGCGCCUCUCGUACAGCCCUGUGUUAAAUCACUAAGUCAAGCUAACACACGAGGGCUCACACCUGACUAAUAAAGUGGGGAAAGCAGAAAAAGCCUCGCUGUCGGAAAACCUGAAUGACACAACAAACUGACACCAACAAACUGAAAACGUGCAAGAAGUAACUCAGUGCUGGCUUUUCAGCUACAGAAAGACCGCUGCGACUCCGAGUGAGAAGGAGGGCCUCCUGCACGCAUGUGGGCACAGCUGGAGCUUAGGUGUGUCCCGCUAACUAGCCCCCUACCCCCAUGCCCGGCGCCCAAGGCCAGGCAAGCUCCGAUGCUCUCAGGGACCCUGCGAGCUCCAGAGGGCUACCGUCCAGCACCUGCAGGAUGCUUUCUCUCCCCAGCAGCUGCCACGGGUUUUACUGGGCGGAGGGGCCGUGUCCAGGGGCAGAGGAAGACAGGGUAGUUCUGUCGUGGUUCUGGAAACUCUCCAUAAGAAUUCACAGGCCACCUCAAUUUAUUUUGAAAACAACAAAUUCCUUAAAACUUUUAGGUUGCAGCAUUACACAAAAUAUGUUUAAAUAGCGCUACAAAUGCUAGCAAAUUCCUCAUUUCUAGGGCCUGCAGAAGUCACACCUGGAUUUCUGGUCAGCUGGACCUGGUGUGUCUCAUCUGGAUUUGCUCAUCCACCUCCUCAAAGUGGCCCUCCUCCGUCUCCCGCCCGAUUCCCCUUUCCCUGUUCUCUAUCUACCAGGUUUGCCUUUCCAGAACCUUCCUUUCCCCUCCUCCCUCCUUGGGCCACGACUGGAUGUCUGGUUGGAGCCCUCCUGCGCCCUGACCUCCUCGGCUCCCACCCAGAGGCCCACCGCCCUGGGCUCCCACGCCAGGCCCCGUGCUGCCGAGGGUGCCCGACACCCUGCUGCCGGGGGUCUGUCCUCACUGCUCUGCUGGGGUGCCCGGGGCUUCCUGAGAACCUGUGACCUCUGCCACGCCCCACCCCAGCCAUCCCGUGGCAGCCUUGUCCUGCCCCGGGGCCCUGGUACGAUUCUGCCUUCAGCGCCAGAAACUGGGGGCUGUGCGCCCAUGUGACAAGGACGUGAGUGGAAACACACCAGGGCCCUCGACCAGUGCUGCCCGUUGCUGCCCCCGCCCCCGAAUGGACCAGUCUGAGAACCAGGCCGAGCCUGCCCUCCUCAGCAAGCUUUAGACCUGUGCUUGUACGUCUGUGUGUGGGCCAGGGCAGCACAGCUGCUGUAGG